AUGGAGGCAGCGUUGAGAGAAAUUCUUAACUCUCAAAAACAGUGGAUGGAACAAAUUUUAAGCAACAACCAAGCUUCAUUAGAGCGUUUGAUGAAUAAUUGCCCAUCCAGUAGUAAACCCACAAUACCCCAGUUCCAUGCAUUUGACCACGAAAAAGAAUCUUGGGAAAGUUAUCUUUUUCAACUCCAACAGCACUUUACGGCAAAUUCUUUGGAAGAUGACAACUUAAAAAAGGCACACUUUUUAUCAACAUGUGGGACCCAAACCAACGACUUGCUCAGGAAGUUGCAGAAGAAGAACCCAUCAUUGGAAGAAAUAGAGGAACUCACCACAGCUCAUGAAUCAACACAACAAGCUACAAAUAUUCUAAAAGGAAGCAGUACUUCCAAUCUAUCAACGACUGCAGAAGUUAAUCUCAUUAAAGGCUCCAAUAAUUAUUAUAAUAAAUCCACAAGUAAGUCUCAUGAUAAUAAUUUUAGUGUUAGAAAAUCGUGCCCAAAUUGUUUCGCUCAACAUCCCAGAGAUCAGUGCAAACACAUUGAUUCAAUUUGCGAUUUUUGUCAACGACGUGGUCACAUACGUAGUGUUUGCUUAUCUGCAAAACAGUCAGAAGCUCCCCACUCAUCAAAAGCUAAACCACGUUAUCAUUCUUAUCAGUCAACAAACCGCAAGCUACGUUCACGAAGCACGGGUGCCAAUCGACGUCACGGUAGUCGAUCAAAUCAGAGUAACCAACAACAAAAGCAGACAGAAUCUGCACACUCCAUCAACGAAAUAGAAGACCAAAACGUAAGGCAUGAUAGUGGAGUUGAAAUUGUUUCCUCUGCGCAAUUCGAGACCGAUGUGAAUAAAAACAAAAUAUUCGUCUCGCUUCAUAUUAAUCACUGCCCUUUGACUUUUCAGCUAGACACCGGUGCCACCUGCUCACUCAUUGGUCUUGAUGGAUAUUACAGACUUGGCAGCCCACAUUGUAAGCUUUCGUCACGAACACUUAAAUCUUAUGGAAAUAUUUCUCUGCCGGUUAAAGGUGUUCUUAACGUAAGUGUACAGUGGAAUACAAAAACAAAAACAUUACCACUUUUAAUUUGCAAUAACAAACAAUCCGCAAACAUAAUGGGUAUAAAUUGGUUUCAAGAAUUUGGUUUACAUAUUCAAGGUGCGAAUUCCGAUUCAGUUUUGCAAAUUGGAUCUGAUUCUAAAGACCAGCUUUUGACGGAUGCAAUGUCACUCUGCAAACAACAUGAAUCUGUGUUCAAAUCGGAAUUAGGUUGCAGUAAGUUUUAUGAAGCACAUCUAACAAUGAAAUCCAAUUGCCAACCUAAAUACUUUAAAUACCGUCCGGUGCCAUUUGCUCAAAAAAAAGCUGUCCAGCAGGAGCUAGAACGUUUGCGAAAGUUGGACAUUCUACGUCCCAUCGAAUCAAGCCAAUGGGCCGCACCCAUUGUUGUGGUAAAAAAGCCAAAUGGAACCUUACGCAUAUGUGGAGAUUUCAAGAUCACGAUCAACACACACUUAAGAAUAGAUCGCCAUCCAGUACCACGCAUAGAAGAACUUUUUCAGAAAUUGCAAGGAGGGCGAUACUUCACGAAAAUCGAUUUGUCCGAUGCCUAUCUCCAGAUACCUCUGGACGAAGAAUCGAAGAAAGUCUGUGUAAUUAGUGCCGAAUUCGGAUUGUUUGAGUAUCAAAGGUUACCUUUUGAUAUUUCCAGCUCAACUGGUAUCUUUCAGCGAUAUAUGGACCAACUAACUGCCAAUUUGGAUUUCUGCGUCUCGUACCUAGACGAUGUUAUCGUGUCCGGGCGUACAAAUGAAGAGCAUCUAAACAACCUCAAGAUUUUUCUGGAACGAUUAGAUAAUCAUGGUUUGCGAUGUCGACUUGCAAAAUGUCAGUUUGCGAAGACUGAGGUGGAAAACCUUGGUCAUAUAAUUGAUGCAACAGGCAUUCGUCCAUCGGAAACCCGAAUCAAAGCUAUCAUCAGUUUGCCUGAGCCAAAAGAUCUAAAGGACCUGGAAGCUUUUAUUGCUGCACCGCUCAACAAGCUAAGAGCUAAACACGAAGAUUUUAAGUGGGGAAAGGAGCAACAAAAUUCUUUCAAUAUUUAA